AUGGACUUCUCCUCCCCGAAGAAAGGGUUUCCAAAGAAGAGAUGCGGUGUUUUAGGUUGCACGGGCAGUGUGGGGCAGCGUUUCUCCCUUCUCUUGGCCGAACAUCCACAUUUUGAGCUUGUAGCGGUGGGAGCUUCUGAACGCUCAAGUGGCAAGACAUACAAAGAGGCAACAACAUGGAAGACAUCGGGCUCAAUGCCAGAGAACAUUGGCGAAUUGACCGUCACACUGUGCGACCCGCAGCAUUUCAAGCAUUGUGACGUUGUCUUCUCUGGCCUCGACUCCUCUGUUGCUGGUGAAGUUGAGGAUAGAUUCUUGAAGGAGAACAUCCCAGUGUUCUCAAACGCCAAAAACCAUCGACAGGACCCAUCAGUACCGCUCGUCGUCCCUACAGUGAAUAUUUCGCACCUAGACUACAUCAAAGUUCAGAGAGAAAGUAAUGGGCUUGAUAAAGGCUUCCUCGUCUGCAAUUCCAAUUGCGCGGUCAUCGGCAUAGUCAUCCCAUUAGCGGCCAUACAAGCCUCGUGCGGAGCGAUCGAUGGACUUAGCGUGGUCACCAAUCAAGCAGUAUCAGGAGCGGGCUUUCCGGGACCCAGUAUGAUGGAGAUGAUGGACAAUUGGAUCCCGUAUAUCUCUGGCGAAGAAGACAAAAUGCAGCCUGAGUCGCGAAAGAUUCUUGGGCAGUACGAUGUGGAGGGCAAAGCUCUGGUGGACAGGACGGACCUGAAGGUCUCAGCGACUUGCAACAGGGUAGCUGUGACAGACGGACACGGAGCUUGCGUGUCUGUACGGUUCGCAGAUAGGAGUAAAGUCCCGUCUGCAGAGCAGGUGAAGCAAGCGAUGAAGGAUUAUGUAUCUGAAGUGCAGAAGAUGGAAUGCCCGUCUGCACCAGAGAAGGCGAUCGCCGUAAUGGAAGAAGCCGAUAGACCGCAGCCAAAGCUUGACAGAGACGCGGGCAGAGGAUACACCAUCACUGUUGGUAGGGUCCGAGAAGAUCCUAGCGGAUUCUGCGAUAUUAUUUUCACGGCAUUGAGUCAUAAUACAGUCAUAGGUGCCUCGGGCUCCUCUAUAUUGAAUGCGGAAGCCGCUGUUCUGAAAGGCUAUCUAUGA